AUGACGUACGUCGUGAAGAUGGCUGUGGCCAUGGCAGCAGUGCCGCUCUUUGGAGCGCUUGCUCGCCCGUCCUCUUCGUCAAUUUGUCUCAAAAGACAGAACGAUAGCCAGCUGCUGCCUAGCUACGAUUACGUCGUUGUUGGCGCCGGUGCCAGUGGCCUCACUGUUGCUAACCGCCUAUCAGAGAACCCGAGUGUAACUGUUCUUGUCAUUGAGGCUGGUGAACUUGACGCGGGCGAGGAUUUUGUCAAAAUUCCUGGGUUGGCUGGAGGCGCUGUUGGAACGAAGUAUGAUUGGAAUACGACUUACGUCGCCAAUGACGCACUGGGUGGCCGAGUUGUUCCUAUUCCUCAGGGAAAGGUUGUCGGUGGUUCAACUAAACUCAACCGAAUGGUUUUCGACCGUGGUUCAAAAUCCGAUUACAAUCGCUGGGAAGCGCUUGGAGCCUCGGGGUGGAGCUGGGAUACUUUGCUUCCCUACUUCAAGAAGAACGAAAAGUUUACACCUCCGACCCCUGAGAUCGCAGCCGAAUGGGGCGUCCAGGUCGACGAAUCUGCACAUGGCAGCGAUGGAUUAAUGCAGGUUACUUAUUCGCCUUUCUUUUGGCCCACUACCAGUUGA